GUUUAUGAGAUGGGCCAUAGAGAAGAACCCGAAAUACGUGAAUGGGGCGCGCCGCCGUCUCACAUCUUUCCGUCCAGGUCAAGCCUUUAAUUCGCUGGACGGUCUCGUGGAGAUUGCACCCUCUUUUGCUCCCAAGUCUCUUCGUUUUCGCUACCAUCCCUGCCUGGUACACUAUCUUCGCCGCAGCGUUCCAUCGCUUUCGCGUCCCUCUUAUUACUACUCGUGCUACCAACAAGGGGGUAUAACCUUUUGUUUUAUCCCCUCCCAUCCCCUUCCCUUCCCGCGCCGCUCGGAUGAAGCGCCUGCGCUUGUCUGCCGAACCUUCUUCCUCUAAUCUUGUCUCCUACGUAUGUACAUAUGAAUGGUGAAGGUACCAGUUUUCACGUUCAUGAUCGGCAGUCCUGUUUUCACUCCCAUAAAACACAGCAAAACGCCAUUUUUUAUUCAAACGGCGUUUUCUGGCAGGCCCAGCAGUUUAACCAUUUAAAGGCAACGGAUUUUGAUCCCCGUGCAUCAACCAACAGUCUAGCUGCGGCCCGACUACAUCUUGACACCCUGACUAAAUCCGGAAUAUCGCGCGACGAGCUUUUAUCCGCUUUCUUGGAGGGUUAUAAUAAGGGGGAGUUCCUUCGAAGACACUGGUGAUACACAACACAUUCUUCUCUUUUCUCACCGCAGGAACAGCACGCUUCGACAAUCAACGACAUGAGCCGUCACAACUCCGUAUCGACAACCAGUUCGGGGUCAUCAGGAAGGGCCAGCAUCUCAUCAGAGGCAACCUCAACGAGUUCAGUCUCAUCCCAGAACACUUACGACAUAAACACUUCGCCUUCAGUCAAAACCACACCAUCAGUCCUUGCAGGAUUUAAGAUCAACAACCAAGGUGCCGCUAAGCCCCAAGGCCCUUACUGGUGCAUACCCUGCAAUGUCAGUUUCCAGCGCAAGGUCGACUGGCUGAGGCACGAGGACGAAUUCCACGACCGACAUAAGCGUUACCCCUGCCCGGACUGUAACAUCAUCUUCUGGGACGCCAACACCUUCAACCAACAUCACAAGAACGCACACGGGUGCAGGACCUGCCCUCACGCUGAGCAAGUGGUCCGGUCUACGCAACGGAGGACGGCGUGGGCCUGUGGAUUCUGCGGGGCGUUCAUGGGCGCCAGUCAUCGAUUUGUCGACCAUGUAGCGAAGCACUACGAAGAUAAUCACAACAAAGCACACUGGAAUCAUAGUCUGGUAAUCUACGGCCUGCUUCAUCAGCCGGUGGUCCACCAAGCAUGGAAGGAGUUGUUUGCGCAGUUGUAUGGACACAUGACACGCGAUGAACAGCCCAUCUUGGGGUGGGAUGCGCAAACGACGGGACACGCUCGGGGGUUCUUGGAGGGGCAGGCUCCGGGGAAGUUGCAGGAUCUGCUGGAAUUCUUCAAGGGUGGACGAGAGGAGGCGAAACGGCUUGCGAGGUUAAGUCAUGAUCAGGCUAUCAUUCGGUCACGUCAGGGAGUGGCUAUUACGGCGAUCCGGGUACCUGUUCCUAAGCGAUCAACGGUAUCAACGGAAUCACUCAGGCACAAGUCGAUACUACAGCACCAGCAGCAGCAGCAGCAGCAGCAGUUCGAUAGACGCAACAGCGCCACUAGCGGCAGCACCGUAUUCCCUCAACCCCAACACCACCAACAACAGGAACAACACCACCAAGUACAACCACAACAGGAACCCACAUACCAAAAACAACGAUCAUUCUCUCUCCCCUUUACCACUACUACCACCACCACCACCAUCACCAGCUUAGCCCAAUUCCCCAACCCACCAACAAACAAAUACUCCCACCUCCAUUCCCACAGCCUUAAAUUCUCCCUACCCGUGGGGACCAUCUACGAAACCCCCGACGCAGCGUCGACAACAACGACAGUCGACUUUUUCAAGAACACACUUGCCGCCACCGCGACUAUGACGGCUACGUCUAAUAGGCAACACCAACUAGAUCUACAAGAUCAACAGCAGCAGCAGCAACAACAACAACAACAACAUCGAUUUACGAUACCUCCUCUUAGUCUUUCCAAGGAUGGGUUUUUUGAUAAUAUGGAUAUCAAGAUUUAGGAUUGGAGUAGUAUCACUUGUAUGGUGGUGAUGGUGGAUGAUCGGGCAAAUGGGUUUUCGGUGCCGGGGGGUGUUAACAGGGUCGGAGAGUGGAGGUGCUGAGGGAUGGUGAGCGUGGAUGAUGGAAACAAAAGUGGUGCGGAAUGACGACGAAAUCUUAAAACAGUCAGGUCAUGGAGCAAAAUGGGGAGAAGUGGCAGAGGAAAGGAGAAGGUUUCCCGUAUGAUGUGUUGCGAUGAGAUGAGAAGCAGUUUGGAGAAAGCCACGAAAGCCAAGAGAAGUUCGUUCAGGAGACUACAUUGGAUAAUACCACCACUAUUUGAAGAUUUAUGAAGAAAACUGGACUACUUGUAGCUUGAUGACGGAUG